UUGUUUAAUUGCUGCGCAUCGGCUUUGAGUGCCGAUGUAGUGGUUUGUGGAGGUGGAAUUGCCGGGACUUCAGUAGCAUACCACCUCGCGGAGCGAGGAAAGAAAGUGUUUUUAUUUGAACGUGACAGGAUUGGAUCUGGUGGCGCAACUGGCUUAGCUGCAGGUCAAGUCACUGCCCCUAUGCAUUGGCAGGAUCCUACGAAACAGUAUAUGGCAAAACGCUCUAUAGACCUCUACCAUGAGAUUGCUAGCGCUUCUAAUUUUCGUAAGAUAUUACUAGAUUCCGAAAUCAGUUUAAGAAGGAUGUAUUCGCGAUCCAUUCUCUAUAAUGAGGGUGCUGAACUUGUUGACGAUGCUUCAGAAAUGCUGUAUAGAUGGCCCUUUUUAAGAACUGACGAUAUAAAAUUAGCUUUGGUUUCGCCAAAUGAUCUUUUUUUGGAUCCUGUCGGUUUAUGUAAUGCUUUCGCUGAACGAGCCAAGGAAAUGGGUACUUUGACUGCUGACGCACUUCUAGGUGUUAAAAUUUUUGAAAAUUCGUCAGUCCAGGAAGUCAUUGUUGGAGAAGAUAAUCGGAUUAAAUGUGUGGACACGGGCGCAGGACUUAUUGAAACUGCAAACUUUGUAGAUGCUGCCGGAAUUUGGUGCGGUCAUAUCCCAGUUAGAAAUCUGUCAACUACUACAUUUCGCAUUGCAGUGUACCCUGCCAUGUACACUUAUUUGAAUACUCAGAAGAUUCCCUCAAUGAAUGUUAGUGACCAAACACCAAUCUUCACCCACGUCGACGAUAAAAUUUUCAUAAAACCAACUGCGGGAAACACAUACUGUGGAGGUUUUUCAGAGGAGCAAGCAAAACCUUUAUCACUGCCAGACGAAAAUGAUUUCAAAUGGACUAUUCCUCCUCCGGACUGGGAUGCCUUCUACCCGUCGUUAAGUAAACUUUUGAGUCGAUGUGAAUGUUUGGGCUCUGUUGGACACGGUAAUCUUGUCGGCGGUCCUGAGGCGUAUACUUCUGAUAAAAACCCUGUCGUCGGUGAAACUGCUCAGGUUGAUGGCUACUAUGUAGCUGGAGGACUGAGUGGGCAAGGUUUAGCAUUGGCCGGAGGUAUGGGAGAAGCUUUAGCUGAUGUUAUCUGUAACAAAGUCCCAAAAGUUGAUAUGUCAAGAAUGGAGGUGACACGUUUUAUUCCUUUACAUUCGAGUCCACAAUACUUGCUUGAACGAGUUCCAGAAGUUGCAGGGAUGUUGUUCACCAAUUCUUACGAAUACCACCAGUUUCGUACAGCUAGGAAUUUACGGACUGCACCUAUUUUUCAGCUUUUGAAAAACAAAGGAGCGGUGUUCGGUGAGAUAAUGAGCUACGAAAGACCGUUGUGGUACACCAAACAAAGUGACAGAGAUAAUUUCUAUAAAGGUCAGUAUAAGCUAAUUGGUAAACCAGAGUGGUUUGAUCGUGUUGAAAAGGAGUACGAAGCUUGUAGGGAACGUGUUGGCUUGAUAGACAUGUCAAGUUUCUCCAAAUUCGACAUUUUUGGGCCAGAUGUUGUUGAGUUGCUUCAGCGCCUUUGUUCGGCUGAUGUUGAUGAGCCUGUAGGAUCUACUGUGUAUAGCGGAAUGCAAAAUCAAAAUGGCGGAUAUGUUACAGAUUGCACCUUAAGUAGAUUGAGUCACAACCAUUAUUUUGUCGUUGCACCAACAUAUCAGCAGCUGAGAUUACAACGAUGGGUUAACAAGUGGAUUAACGAGUGGAAAUACAAGGCUACAUGUCAAGAUGUUACUGGUCUGUACACAGCUUUAGAUAUCGUAGGACCUGCGUCACGUUACUUAAUGCAAGACGUUACUGGCUACCCAAUGACGUCUUCUAACUUCCCUACUUUUAGAGUGAAGGAAAUGAAUAUUGGUAUUGCGACCGGUAUUCGCGUGAUUAGUGUAUCACACUGCGGAGAACUGGGAUGCGUGAUUUACAUUCCCAGUGAGGUAGCUCAGAACGUUUACGAGCGUUUAGUGGACAGUGGCGAGGAAUAUAGCUUGAAACAUGUUGGUUAUUAUGCGCUUCGGCAGUUGCGAAUUGAAAAGUUUUACGUUUAUUGGGGUCAGGAUAUUGGACCUCUCGUUACUCCGCUGGAAUGUGGCCGAGCGUUUCGUGUCAACUUUAGUAAAGAUUUUAUUGGUCGCGAAGCUUUACUUAGACAAAAGGAAACUGGAAUCCGAAAACGCUUUGUUCAAGUUUUGGUCGGUAAUCACGAUCUUGAAAUAGAUCCAUGGCCGCAAGGGGGAGAAGUUAUUUUCCGAAAUGGUGUACCCGCUGGACGAACAACAUCUGCUGCUUAUGGGUUUACUUUAGAGUGCCAGGUAUGUAUAGGUUAUAUUGAAAAUCAGGACUCUUAUUUGACUGCUGAUUAUAUAAACAGAGCGGAUUAUGAAAUUGAAAUAGCAGGGAAGCGGUUCCCCGUUCAAGUGAAUUUGCAUUCUCCAACGUUGCCUAUGAUUUCCUCAGAGCAUCCAAUGCAUUAUAGACCUACGCAGUAG